UCAGGAUAAACUCCGGGCUGUAAUAAACCCACAGCUCGUCCUUGACAGCAGCAGGAAGCUAAGAUGGCGGCCGCCGUAGUCCGGAGCCUGGGCUCUAGUUUGGGCAAAAACCUCCGAGAGAUCCGCGUCCACCUCUGCCAGACUUCAGCAGCCAGCAAGGGGGCCAGAGACUUUGUGGAGCAACACUACGUCUCCCUGAAGAAGUCCAACCCAGACUUCCCGAUCCUGAUCAGAGAGUGUUCUGGAGUCCAGGCGCGACUCUGGGCCCGAUACGACUUGGGGAAGGAGAGCAGCGUCUCCGUGGACAACAUGUCAGCUGAUCAGGUGGCCACAGCUCUGCAGACCCUGGUCCAGUCCAAACCCUAACACCCCCCCCACCACCCCCAACUGCUGGAGGUGGUUCAGGUCCAGGAUGGACUCAGUCCGUUUGUGUGUAAAUUAAAUGUGUUGAUGUGAAUAAACAUGAAGAUUAUUGUUGACGUCA